AUGGUGGCGAGACUUCGUCUCGAAGCUAGGGCGUACCCCGAAAGCGACGCGCAUUGUCCUCGCCCGGGCAGUGUGGCAUAUAUGCGAGGGCUACCGGCUAGAGGACGGAGCUGGCCAAAGAAGUUAGUCCGCCAUCGCCAACAACAUCCAGUGCGCUUGGCAACGCUUAACGUUGGGACGCUUCCUGGGAGAAGUCGUGUACUGGCAGACAGUCUCAGAAAACGCCAUGUUGACAUAUGCUGUGUACAGGAGACUCGCUGGAAAGGCUCCAAGUCAAGGGAAUUAGGCGAUGGCUACAAGCUCAUCUACCACGGCACAUCAAAUCGCAAUGGCGUUGGUAUCACAUUGAACGAGUCGUUUAGAAACAGCGUCACAGCGGUGGAUCGACUAUCGGAUCGCCUGAUGGCUGUAAAAGUGGACAUAGGAGAAGUGGAAUUGCGAGUCGCCUCUGCUUAUGCGCUACAGGUGGGCUGUAGUGAAGAAGAGAAGGCAAGCUUUUGGAAAGAUCUGGAGCAGUACGUCCAAUCCCUGGAAGGCGAAGAAGUACUUUUAAUCGGAGGAGACUUCAGUGGACAUGUCGGUUCUCGGAAAGACGGGUUUGAGAGUUGUCCUGGUGGAUGCGGCCAUGGAGCUCAGAACGACGACGGGUUGCGAAUCCUGGAGUAUGCUGUUGCAAGUGACUUGAUCAUUGCUAACACGCAGUAUCGGAAAAGAAAAUCGCAUUUGAUCACGUACACCAGCGGCGGUCGUGAAACACUAAUAGAUUUCUGGAUGUUACGCCGACGAGAUCGCCGACUUCUGCAGGAUUCAAAAGUCAACCCUACAGACCAUAUCGCUGCCCAACACCAUCUGCUCGUUAUGGACUUGAAAAUCUCCCGUCCAAGGAAGAGACAUCCAAGAACUGAAACACAGCGCAUCAGAUGCUGGAAUCUGAAGGAUCCAAAGGAGGCGGCAAUUCGUGAGAAGAAGUCCAAAUAUAAGCUCUGGUGGAGGACACGUCAGCCUGAAGAUCGAGGUGCUUACCUAGCGGCGAAGAGGGAGGCUAAGAAGGCAGUCUCCAAGGCGAAGUCGGACCGCUACAAGGCUGUGUACGACAUGCUUGAUACCAGAGAAGGCGAGCGGGCAGUGUAUCGUUUAGUCAGAGCGCGUCAACGCUCAACGUUGGAUAUGGAACACACCAAGAUCGUUAAGGGAGCUGAUGGAGCCAUUCUGCGCCGCUCUGGUCAGAUCCUGGAGAGGUGGCGAGAGUACUACAAUCACUUGUGUAACGAAGAGUUCUGUCAUCCUCCGAUCCCAACUGUUUCCAGCGUCGAGGGUCCUGUUCUACCAAUUACUGCCGUCGAAGUCAGUGCUGCUCCCGCAAAAAUGAAGUCGAACAAGGCAACUGGUCCUGAUGACAUACCUGCUGAUGUCUGGAAGCUGCUAGGAGAUCGAGGGUCCGUGUGGCCCGCAACUCUAUUUAACAAGAUCGUUGCAGAAGGACGGACUCCAGACGUUUGGCAAACUUCCGUGACCGCCUAUACGACUGCUGUGCCAUACGAUGAAGGUUUUGAGCGUGUCCUGGAAGCUCGUCUGAGGAAAAUUGUCAGCAUUUCACUCAGCCAGUGCGGUUUUGUGAAGGACUGCAGCACUAUAAAUGCUAUCCAUGCUGUCCGUAUCCUCCUGGAGAAACAUCGAGAGAAGAACCGCACUGUGCAUCUUGCUUUUCUCGAUCUCGAGAAAGCUUUCGACCGUGUCCCUCAUGAGCUGUUAUGGAUGUCCAUGAGGUCGCAUAGAGUACCAGAAGAAUAUGUGAGGUGGACAAAGCUGUUUAAUGCGAAGCCUACCAGCGUUGUACGAUGUGCUGCUGGAACAAGCAGGCUAUUCCCUGUACAAGUACAAGUUCGUGUCCAUGCACAGUAUAAACAGCAGGGGUUCAUCAGGAAGCAGCAUCCGUGGACUCUACUCUUUGCCGACGAUGUCAUGCUCGCGUCGGAGUCUCGAGAUGAUCUUCAGAAACAAGUACAGUCUUGGAAGGAUCGGCUGCAGCAAUAUGGAUUGCGCCUCAACACAUCAAAAACUGAGUACAUGGAGUGCGGACCAAGGAUAGAGGAUGGUUCAAUUCGUGUCGAUGGCACCGAAUUAAACAAGGUGAACUGUUCCAAGUACCUUGGAUCCAAAGUGACUUCCACAGGCGACAUUGAUCAAGAAGGUCGAGCACGUGUAAAUGCGGCAUGGAUGAAAUGGAAAAUGGCAACAUGCGUACUGUGCGACAAGAAAGUCCCUGUUCGACCGAAGUCGAAGAUCUGCAGGACGGUUGUGCGCCCUGUUGCCCUUUACGGAUGCGAGUGCUGGCCGACGACGAAAGCCUUGGAAAGAGUGCUGCACGCUAUGGAGAUACGGAUGUUGAGGUGGACGAUAGGUGUAACUCUAAAAGAGAAAGUAUUCAACAACACUAUACGCUCCAUCUUCGGCGUCGUCCCGAUAACUGAGAAGAUGAAGGAGGCGCGACUGAGACGGUUUGGUCACGUCUUGCGGCGAGAGGAAGAUUCUGUUGCCAAAACCGCUCUGAAGUUCGACGUUUCGGGAGUGACGCCAUAUGGGAGGCCAAAGAUUCGCUGGUUAGACCGUGCGAAGCUGGAUAUGAUAGAUGCGCUUUUGUGUACGGCUGAUGCAAUGGAUAGAACCAAAUGGAAGACAUGA